AUGGCGCAGAUUCCCGUGCAGACCCUCUACAGGGACCCCCAGUUAUUCUACUGGAUCCUGAUCCCCAUCACCGUCGUCAUGGUGCUCACGGGCGUCCUCCGUCACUACGCCUCGGUCCUCAUGGCCCCGACGCCGAAGAAGCUCGAGGCCAAGGCCAUCCGCGAGCAGCGCGCCCUGGCCCGCGGCGCCACCCUCCGCGGCAACUACCACGUGCUGUCCCGCCGGUCGUUCGAGGCCCGCCGCGAGGCCCUCGCCGCCGGCUACGAGUCGGGCGAGUUCCUCAAGGACCCGGACAGCAAGGGCAAGCCGGCGGCCAACCCGCUGAGCGACCCGGGCGCCAUGGACGGCAUGAUGGGCAUGAUGAAGAACAACAUGGCCAUGAUUAUCCCCAACACGCUCAUCAUGAGCUGGAUCAAUGCGUUUUUCAGCGGCUACGUCAUUAUGAAACUGCCGUUUCCAAUCACCAUCAAGUUCAAGAGCAUGCUCCAGGCGGGCGUGCAGACCAAGGAUAUGGACCCCCGAUGGAUGUCCAGUAUUAGUUGGUACUUUCUGUGCAUCUUUGGUCUGCAGUUUGUCUACGUCUUUCUCCUCGGCGGCGACAAUGCCGCUAGCCAGCUCGCUCAGCAGAUGCAGGCCCAGGGUAUGCCGGUAAACCCCAUGGGCGGUCCUGGCCAGGACGUCGACAAGCAGUUCAAGACCGAGGCGGAGAACCUGCAAGUCGUUGAGCACUACUCUGUUCUGGACGAUGUUGAGGACCGCCUGCUAUCGCGUUUCUAG